UAAAACAUAAUGACGUGAGCAUACCAGAAAUUUAAUUACCACGGUCACCUGUUGUUUACCAUCAGUUUUAGCGAGAUUCUUUGACACGGCCAACUAUACUUUUCCAACAUACGCGAACCAGAAGGAAACAUUUCACAAUUAGUUUCAGUUUAGUUUCCCUUUGUAGUGUAGAAUUUGAGUGCUCGUGAGUGAUACAAAAAGACUAAAGUGAGUCUGGAACAAGUUCUACAAUUUCAAAAUCAUCUACGUAGUGGAUAAAAUGUGGCCUAAAAAAAAUUGUGAAAAAAUCACUGUUUACAAUGAUAGUGGUGCUCCUUCAACGGAAUACAGACAUUUUAUUAGACAAUAUAGUUCUCACAAUGCCGCAACUGAUUUAAAAAACAAAUCAACUCCUAAGAAUAGUGACAGUAAACAGCAUGAUUAUUAUGUAGACGACAAUCAUGUGGACACCGACAAAAUAAGAGCAUCUCAAACGGCAACUGAUUCAAGAAAUUUUUAUGGUCAUAGAAUGGAUUCAGGUGAUACUCUAGUUUCCAAUGUCUAUGAUUCCAAGGCGGUGCAAAAUACUAUUGGCAGUAGUGGAACGGUAAUUAUGGAUAAAACAGGCAAUUCUGAAGAUAUUAUUUAUUCCAAUGAUCGUAAUUAUGGAAAAACUGAUUGGAAUGGACAUUUUACUUAUGAAGCUCCUCAAAAAAAGCAAUCUAAUGGAUCUCCAGUAAAAAAUAGUCCAUCAGGUCAAUCUGCAUCCAGGAAUCUUCCUAUGAAAAGUUUUCCUCCAGAUCAACCACCAAGAGGUCCAUCAGACCAUUCUCCUAGCAGAAACAUUCCAGAACCAACUUCAUCUACAUACUACGUAGAUGAAAACUACGUAGACACUAACAAAGCGAGACAAUUGCAAAACAACACCGAUUCUAGAAAUUUUUACGGACAUUCUGUAGAUUCUAAAAACACCCUAGUUGGUAAUGUGUACGAUUCAACGGCCACGCAAAACACUAUUGGAACAUCUGGGAAAAUAUUCAAAGAUCACAUGACUGAUUCUACCGAUGUGAUUUAUUCGAACGAUAGACUUUAUGGUAAAACUGGAUGGAAUGGAAAGUUUAUUUAUGAGAAGCCCAAGCCUAAGGAUAAACCUAGAACUUGAUGCCUCAAUAAUGGACAAAAUUUAGAAAAACUUCUGUGUUCUUUUUUUCUCGCAUUUAUGUUGACGUAAUGAACCCACUAAGUUAAGUUAAUACACAAUCAAACUACCAACUACUUACCUACAUAUUAAAUAGUUAAUUGAAUUUUUUAGAUUUAUCUUUAGUUUAUUGUAUAUUUAUUCAAAGUUAUUGAGAAAUUUUGAUAUAUUCGCUAAUAAUUAAUAUCUAUAUCUAUAUUUUUCUUAUACAGGGUGAUAGUCUGACACAUUUAAAACGUCGUCAGAAAGCCUUAUUUUUCUAAUUUACAAAAACGUAUAUAUGUAUUUACUUUUUUAAUUAUCCUGAAAUUGCAUCUUAUAAAUUAUGCACUUUGUUGACAAUGUUUUAACUAGUUAAUAAAAGUACCUAAUAAACACAAAUUGAUUCACGA